UGAAUUAUAUGCAUAACAUCUCUUUAUUAGAGCUAUACCAGCUGGAAAGUUUGAAGCAAAAAUUUAAUCCAGAAAAACUCUGAAACAGUUGCUGAAGGAAUCAUAGGCUAAAUUGGAUUGUUAUUCUUGAAGAAUUAUCUCUCUUUCGUGCCAAACAUUAUUCUCUCUUUUCAUUUGUGUGAAGAGGUGUUCUUGGAAGACAUAUUAUGGUAGUUAUUGAGUGGCUGUUAAAAGUAUUGCUGUUGCAUAAAGAUUGAGAUGAAAUUCAGAUAUUUUGACCCAGAAAUGAACCCUUCAAUGAGCUCUUCAUGGGGAUCAAGCUCUUUUACAGUAGGCAACAAGAUAUGUGCUGUGUUCAUGCCAUUGGUAAUCUUGAUAGAGGAACUGAUCUUCAGCUUAGCCGGUUGCUUUGAUCACCAUCGUCCACCUAGGCUUCAAAACACAUUCAGUGAUUUUGUUCGCCUUGCUAAUAAUUCCCCAUUUAGUGUAAACGAGGUAGAGGCCCUGCACGAAUUAUUCAAGAAGUUGAGCAGUUCCAUCGUUGAUGAUGGGCUAAUUCACAAGGAAGAGCUCCGGUUAGCAUUACUCCAAACUUCAGUUGGCGAGAAUAUAUUCCUCGAUAGGGUAUUUGAUCUUUUUGAUGAGAAGAAAAAUGGGGUUAUUGAAUUUGAGGAGUUUGUCCAUGCACUUAGUAUCUUUCAUCCUUGUACUUCAACAGAUAAGAAAAUUGAUUUUGCAUUUAGGCUUUAUGAUUUAAAAGAGACUGGAUAUAUAGAGCCAGAAGAAGUCAGGCAAAUGGUAGUUGCCAUCUUACAAGAAUCCGGCCUGCAACUUCCGAACGAAUCGCUUGAAGCUAUCAUUAGCAAGACAUUUAUUGAAGCUGAUGUUGAUAGGGAUGGCAAAAUUAAUAAAGAAGAAUGGAGAACUUUUGUUUUCAAGCACCCUUCACUUAUAAAGAACAUGACUCUCCCUUAUUUGAAGGAAAUCACCACUGUGUUUCCAAGUUUUAUAUUCAACACUGAAGUUGAUGACUGAGGAUCUAGUCAUCUGGGCAUGCUCAAGCAGCUCUCUUCUUACUGAAGCCAAAUGUUCAGAAAUGCUUUGAGAUUCACACUUUACUUCCAAAUUUGUUCCCACCUUAUUUCUGGAGGCAUAACGCAUCCCUCCAGUGCAAGGUCUUGUAUUGUCACCAUCUUGUAUAUCAACUUUAAAGAAAAUUAUUGUUAGCGACAUAUAUAUAUAUAUAUUUUUUUUUUCAGAUUUCACAUA